AUGACUUUGUUUUCUCCAACAGACCAAAGAAAACGUACGGCAGCAGAUAUCUUGCUUUACGGAUGCAAGGAUCUCGGCUUUGCACCCCACGUUGUGUACUGGAAACAAAUUAAGAAAAUCAGUGUUGUCGAGCUUUUGAACCAUCAAAGAGUGCAAUCAUUCCAGUUCGUUAGAGAGGAAGAAGUUGAAGUUGUUAUUGACAAAAUCCGCAAUGUUUGUCUUAAAGGAGAGUCCAUUAAUCUUACGGAGACGCUUGCGUUGGUUUCAAAUAACAUAAUUUCUCGCUGUGUUCUUAGUCAGAAAAGUGAAGAAGACGACGACGGCCAGUGCAACAAGUUCUGGUCGUUGUCGAAAAGGUUGAUGGAUAUGUUUCUAGCUGGAAUUGAUUCCUCAGCAUCGACAGUAGAAUGGACAAUGGCUGAACUUUUAAAGCAUCCAACAGCCAUGAAAAAGCUUCAAGAAGAGAUUACAUAUCCAGUUGCUCCCCUUCUUCUUCCUCGGCACACAUCUGCAACUGUUAAAGUGGGAGGCUACGAUAUUCCUUCCAAUACUACAGUGUUGAUCAAUGCAUGGGCAAUUCAGAGACAACCCAAAUGGUGGGAAAAACCAGAAGAAUUCAUCCCAGAGAGAUUCGAGAACAACCCCAUUAAUUUCAUUGGCGAAGAUUUUCAGUUCAUCCCAUUCGGUGUGGGAAGAAGAAGCUGUCCUGGCUUGCAGUUCGGAGUUGCUUCAGUUGAGUAUAUGAUUGCCAACCUUGUUUAUUGCUUUGAUUGGAAGUUGGCUGAUGGUGCUACUGCCGACAACUUGGAUAUGACUGAACCGUACGUUAUAGCAGUUUAUAGGAAGUCCCCUCUGCAUAUUCGUCCUCUAGCUCGUUUCCGUACGCUCUAA